AUGUUGUGUCUGGAAGAUGGGCGGUUGAAGUUGGCUGCUAUUGCUAAUUUGACUAGUUGUCAAAAGAUAAAAGCAUUGUAUAAGACGAACAGGAAAAGAAAAAUAGGAUUCGUGUGUCUCUCUUCUUUCUCUUUCUUCUUCUUCUAUCCCUUUCUCUUCUUUGCCUCUCCUCUUCCCUCUCCUCCUCCUCUUCUUCUUCUUCUUCUUCUCUCUCCCUCUUUUUCUUCUCCUUCUCCUCCUCUCUUAUUCUUCCUCACCUAUUUUUCUCCUUCUCCAUCUCUCUCUUUUCUUUUUCCUCCUCCUUUUUCGUCUCGCGCUUCUUUUCCACGUCCUCCAAUCAAAACUCAAGAGAGGAGGUUAAAUAUUUUUUCUAAUUUCUUCAUUCACUUAUUUUUCAUUCACUUUUUCUUCAUUCCCUUAUUUUUCAUUCACUUUUUCUUCUUUCUCUUUUAUCGUUCCUUUAUUCUUCAUUCACUUUUUCUUCAUUCACUUUUUCUUCAUUCUCUUUUACUUAAUUCAUAUAUUCUUCAUUCUAUUUUUUUUGUUCUCUUUUUUCUUUCUAGUUUUUUUUUUAAAUUCUUGCGUCCAAUUCACAGAAAUGUCCUUCCUUUCCAUUCCCCACCAUUCUCUUCUUAUUUUUUCGCCGUCGUCUUUUCAUUUCUUUCUUUCCCUUUUCAUACAAUGACCGUGACUUUUGACACAACUCUGAUCACGAAUAACACAAUAGCGGCAGCACGUGCUUCUGAUCAACUUUUGUUUGCAUUUCUCAAAUAUCCAUAUUCCUGUAUUUUUCUUUACUCUGCACAAUUAUUAAUGACUAUAAUAAUGGAGGAGGCGUAUGUCACCCACGCAAAUUAG